AUGGCCAGCAUGGGCAAGAAGCACUCAAGAGGGUAUUCAGAUAGUAGCUCACAAAGCUACAGUCCUGUACCUCAGGAGAGAUGGGAAGAAACCUCCUCCAAGAAGCUCCUCCCUUCCUAUAAUGUCAACCCACUGCCCCCUGAAGUACUUGAUCCUGGCAAGAUCAAGUAUGAUCCAGAGGCUGUUAAGGCAGGGUUUGAGAAGGGUGUUGCACGGGCUGAGGAGGUGUUGAAGUGGGCCCCUCGCUUCUACAUCAACCAGUCAUUGGACGAGCUUCCUACUGCUCGCCAGUUCAAACCCUCCGAGCUGCGUCAAAUUGAAGAGGAGUGGAACGAGGCCAAGAACAAGAAUUGCACUCCAUUCACUACCAUUAUUGUCAACCGGAAUGGCAAGAUUCUCAUAGUCUAUCUAGGGCGCAGACUCUUGAUUAGAGGCUCCCCUAGUGUUGAGGCUAAGCCGAUCAGUGCCAUGUACACUGAACGGAACAAUAAAACUGUCCAAAACCUUUGGAAGCGGUUGAAAAAGAAUAACAAAACUGAUUAUCUCAUCUCGGACGGCCUUGAUUUGACCAGACGAGCAAUUAGAUUUCCUCAAGAGCACACAGUUUCUAGCGUCUCAUGUUCAGCCAAAUGUGCACCAGAACGAUCGCGUCAUGACGAGCCUUGGACUGAACUAGAUACUCAUGUUGCACGCUACCCUGCCACCUUGGAGGAAGAGGAUCCUAUGCAGCACAAGGGCACCUCUCACUUGGUGCAGUGCUGGCAUAUGCAAGGGCAUCGGAACCAUGAGCUUUACCCUAGCAGUGAUUUCUAUCUCACACAAGAGCUUACCCCCAAUUUCAAACGCUCAGCAAUGCAGAGCAAAUCACUUUUCAAGGUUUUCUUUCCGGAGGAGUACAAGCAGUACGAGGCUGUCUUUGAAGCCGGUCGCUGGAUUGCGAGGAUCCUGCACCUUGGCUUGGUCGUGCUAUUCUCUGGAAGAUGCAAGUGGAUAUGGAGGACCUACACUCACCUGCCCGUUGGGUACUUUAACCAAGGCGAGAUGGUGUUUCCGACACUGGAGGCUGUUUUUCAGAGACCUGAUUGGUUCAAAUGGGGUAGAGUAUCUGUUGUCUUCUUCACUAAAGAGACUGUACUCCAGAUGCUUGAGGACAAGCCAAAGAACUUCUUUGUGGAACAUCCUCACCACCACGAGUUACCAGAUGUAGAGUGCCCAUGUGGAUAUCUCCUCUUGCUACAUGGUGAACUACAAGGGAUCACAGUGCUGAGCUUAAGGCCUGGGGUAGGAGGGAUGAAUGGGGAAGAAACGGUCGAAACAACGCGCUGGGGACGUCCAGCGGGACGUCCUCGGUGUGUUGAGGGGGUCGUGGGGACAGUCGGACGGCGGGACGAGGAAGGCGGGGGCAAGCAGGUGGUGGCGGAGGAGAAGGCGCGAGGCGCCCGCGCUAGAACGGCCGUACGGCCGUCCGUCUUCAGCGCGGGCGUGGGUGCGGGCGUGGUCGAGGGCGUGGGCGGUGGGCACAGCGAGACGACAGGGUCCGCUCGACCCGUCUUGUACGCGGUCGAGGCGGGCGCGGAUGGACGCGGGAGAGACGGGGCAGGGGACUUACCGGAGACGAAGGACGCCGCGGGUGUCGUGGGGACAGUCGGACGGCGGGACGAGGAAGGCGGGGGCAAGCAGGUGGUGGCGGAGGAGAAGGCGCGAGGCGCCCGCGCUAGAACGGCCGUACGGCCGUCCGUCUUCAGCGCGGGCGUGGGUGCGGGCGUGGUCGAGGGCGUGGGCGGUGGGCACAGCGAGACGACAGGGUCCGCUCGACCCGUCUUGUACGCGGUCGAGGCGGGCGCGGAUGGACGCGGGAGAGACGGGGCAGGGGACGUACCGGAGACGAAGGACGCCGCGGGUGUCGUGGGGACAGUCGGACGGCAGGAGGAGGAAGGCGGGGGCAAGCAGGUGGUGGCGGAGGAGAAGGCGCGAGGCGCCCGCGCUAGAACGGCCGUACGGCCGUCCGCCUUCAGCGCGGGCGUGGGUGCGGGCGUGGUCGAGUGUGUGGGCGGUGGGCACAGCGAGACGAGGGGGCCCGCUCGACCCGUCUUGUACGCGGUCGAGGCGGGCGUGAGGUUUGAGAGACGGGAGACGGGGCAGUGGGUGGACGCGGGAGAGACGGGGCAGGGGACAUACCGGGAAACGAAGGACGCCGCGGGUGUCGUGGGGACAGUCGGACGGCGGGACGAGGAAGGCGGGGGCAAGCAGGUGGUGGCGGAGGAGAAGGCGCGAGGCGCCCGCGCUAGAACGGCCGUACGGCCGUCCGUCUUCAGCGCGGGCGUGGGUGCGGGCGUGGUCGAGUGUGUGGGCGGUGGGCACAGCGAGACGAGGGGGCCCGCUCGACCCGUCUUGUACGCGGUCGAGGCGGGCGCGGAUGGACGCGGGAGAGACGGGGCAGGGGACGUACCGGAGACGAAGGACGCCGCGGGUGUCGUGGGGACAGUCGGACGGCGGGACGAGGAAGGCGGGGGCAAGCAGGUGGUGGCGGAGGAGAAGGCGCGAGGCGCCCGCGCUAGAACGGCCGUACGGCCGUCCGUCUUCAGCGCGGGCGUGGGUGCGGGCGUGGUCGAGUGUGUGGGCGGUGGGCACAGCGAGACGAGGGGGCCCGCUCGACCCGUCUUGUACGCGGUCGAGGCGGGCGCGGAUGGACGCGGGAGAGACGGGGCAGGGGACGUACCGGAGACGAAGGACGCCGCGGGUGUCGUGGGGACAGUCGGACGGCGGGACGAGGAAGGCGGGGGCAAGCAGGUGGUGGCGGAGGAGAAGGCGCGAGGCGCCCGCGCUAGAACGGCCGUACGGCCGUCCGUCUUCAGCGCGGGCCGAGACGAGGGGGCCCGCUCGACCCGUCUUGUACGCGGUCGAGGCGGGCGCGGAUGGACGCGGGAGAGACGGGGCAGGGGACGUACCGGAGACGAAGGACGCCGCGGUCUUGAACCGCGGCGCCGGGUAGCGAAACAACGCGCUGGGGACGUCCAGCGGGACGUCCUCGGUGUGUUGAGGGUGUCGUGGGGACAGUCGGACGGCAGGAGGAGGAAGGCGGGGGCAAGCAGGUGGUGGCGGAGGAGAAGGCGCGAGGCGCCCGCGCUAGAACGGCCGUACGGCCGUCCGUCUUCAGCGCGGGCGUGGGUGCAGGCGAGGACGGAGGGCGACGAGCGAUGCAUGACUACCCCCAAUUUCUCUUGGGCGCCGUGGGGACGUGUGGGAUGGGUGGAGCGGAAGGAGGAGCAGGAUGAUGAGGAGGAAGAGGAGGUGGUAAAGGGACGCCUCUCACCCCCACGACCUUCGGGUCAAGGCACCUCACCUUCGGGCCAGACCUCUCAUCGUGUAUCCUACUGUCCUCCUACCUCGCAUUUGUGGGAAGACUGGACGGGGGAUGAUGGAGCACAGCCCAUGUGCAGCUGGAUCUGGAAAGCCCCGCAACCAGUAGUUCUUGCCGGAGUUGUUUCAAAGAGCAUCUCUUUCUGUGCUGUCGAGUCGCGAACGACAGUGCGGAAAGGGUACUCUAGCCCUUGCGCAGAUUCGGACUUGUACUAA